AUGGGCGAUAAUGAAUCCCUUGUCGCAAGUGAAGCGUCGAACGACCCCCCAAGGUCCCCGUCUCCAAUCCCUCCAGAACCAGCUGCUGCUUCGACGCCUGAUGCGUUCCCUUCGAUAGCGAGCGACACGUCUAGCAGCGCACAGCGUGUGGUCACGGGGAAGAGAAAAAGGGCGCUCUUCCAGACGGAGACUGUAGAAAUGAUGAGGCAGAUCCAAGCUGAAGAUGUGUCUCCAAGCACCUACAGAGCUCUCACCGCAGACGACUCUUCUCAUCCUCACCGCUUGUACGUCCCUCCGCUUUUAACUUGA